AUGCUCCGAUAUGCCCGUACAGUACGAUUUCUGCAAGUUGGUAACUCUGUCCGUACUUCUAGUGGUAGUUUUGGGCCCAUACGAACCAUUUUCAUAAGCUCACACGAUAGAAAAUCACCUUCUCAUUCUCUUUCGCCCAUAUCAAAUCUUCCAAAUCAUAACGAUUCCUCAACCGAAAGAGCUAGAAAGACUUUGGACGACGAUUUUCAACGUAAAAUCAAAUAUGAUGAGCUUAAGACACGCAAAAGAAUCGAAGAUCUACGUGCUCUCACUAAGAAAGUGUCUCAAUUAGUAAAGCAGAAACAGGAACUAUCCAAGAUAGCCAAAAUUCCUGUUCCCUCAGAUGAAAUCAAAAAACUCAAAAGUGUUGAAGAUGUAGUAAAAGUCACUAAGUCUCAACAUGUAGCAACAGUUCGAACUAAUAUUCCAGAACCUGAAACUGUAACUACUCAUAUAGAGAAAGAAGAAUCCGAAUUCGUUAUGGAACAGAAUGCGUUUAUUGUUCCUGCAACUCCUAUUCCAGAAGAAAUAGCAAAGAGAUUGGGCUUGGCUCUCAGAUAUUUGGUUUCGGAAACUAAUCAAAACUGGACCCUUGUACUUGACCAACUCAAGGCUGACAGAGGUUUCAAAGAUUUACCCUACACAACAGUAGUAGACUUUCUUACAAAGAUUCCAGCUUCGGAGUUGCAAAAGGUUAUUCCUAAAGUCGACCAGCUUUUGAAGGAGGCAAAGAUACCAAAGACUGCCAAAAUAUUGAACUUGUACAUAGCCAGUUUGGCACUGGGAUCAGCUGUGCCCAACCAAGUAAUUCAAAUCUUGGAAAACUACUGCAAGAGAAUCAGAAAAUUGAAGAAAGGAAAGUUGCCUAAGAGGACCUGCGAAGUUAUGGUGCAAGCAUAUGGAAAAAACGGAAAUAUAAAUAGAAUUCAAGAUCUCUUAUCAGAGAUGAAACUACACAAAAUCGAGAUAUCAGGUAUGGCUCUCACAAAUAUACUAGCCACUUGUGUCUACAAGGCUAGAGAUCACAAACAAGCAGUAGAAAUAUUCGAUACAAUGAGAUUUCAAAAAGAAGUAUAUAAACCUGGAACACGAGCAUAUCAAGAUAUCAUUGUUUCAUAUGUGAACAAUGACGAUAUCGAAAAAGCGAUAGAUAUAUACCGAGAAAUGAUAACCGAAAAAAUCGAACCUAAUCAACAAAUCAUGGUGGCUUUAGCUCGAGGUUGUGCUUCAAGAGAGGCCUUUAAAUUCAAAAGUUGGGAUUUCAUAUUUGAAAUUAAUAGAAACAACUGGACCCCGACAUUGCCUACUUAUGAGUAUAUGCUCUAUUUGUCGUCUAGGGACGGUGAUCUUGCUUUAACCAGGGCAUUGUAUUCAAGACUUUUAAAAGAUAAUACUGUUUCAUUGAGGUCGUUCAAUUUCUUAUUAUUGGCGUAUUCUAAAGCCCGUUUGAGUGAUGAUUUAGGGGAACCAUUUUUGAUUAAUGCAGAUGAAAAAGGAAGAAAAUUUAGAUUUAACGUAAUUGAUAGAUCAGGAAUUUCUGACCCCACUAAUCAGUUCCCUUUUCUUCCCUUUAACGAGCUCACAACUAAAGAGCAAAUUAUGGCGGAAUCCAGUGCAAUUUGGGCACAUGCUUGUUUGAAUAACUCGGAGCUUAUCAAUAGUGAAAGCACGACUUCAUACUUAAACAUCGCCAGUGAAAGAGGAACAUUGAGUGAUUUCAUCGACAGGAUGGAGGGGUCAACAUUCCUUGAUGAAAAAAUUAACAAUGUCUUGUCAGGAGUUGUUAUAGAAGAACCAGACGUAGUUGUAGAAACUACUGACUUUUUGACACAGAAAUCAUCAGCUCAUGAGAAAUACGACGAAACUUCCAUAGUAAAAUCACCUAUUUUGAAGUCCAUUCAGAGCAAAAGAACUCCUAGAGUCUCAUUAACAUAUGUGGUUGCGUUGAAGGCAGCUGGAAAAUUCAAUAACUACAACUUUGCCAAUAGAAUCUGGCAGGAAAGAGGAAAAUUUAGAAAAACUGAAACCUUUAAGAAAUUACCAAGAACCGAAAAAGAUAAGCUUGAUUUCCAAUUUGCUACUCAAAUGGUUCGAACCUUGACAGAACUUAAUUUACUUGAAGAUGCUUUGGCAGUGUUGAAGAGUACGGAAUAUCAAUUUAGAUGGACCUGGAAAGAGCUUGAUGUCUUGAAGUCAGCUGCUAUUAGACAAGGAAAUACCAAUGUGGCCCAGACUGUGCGCAGUAUCGCAAGAAGGGCACAAUUGACUUAUGAAGGUAAAAUCAGAAGAAAGGAUUACAAGAGGUACGUGAUGCAAAGGGGAUACUAA